AUGCCGAAGCUGGGGCACCAGAACAUCGACACCGCACACGUGCGGCUGCCUCAACCCGUCGUCACGAACUUGGGAUGUCGAUCUGCCACCCCAGGUCGCAAACACAAACUCAACGCCUACGCGUUCCAGCAGGACGCCAUAGUCACCUUCAAGGGCUACCAAUACGUAGCAUACUGGUCCAAUGCCGGACUAGAUGAUGGCGACACACUGUAUCUUUGCGUGGCUAGAAGGCUUUUACGACCCCGUUUGGACAUGCCUGUCCUGAGCAACGAAGACCAAGUCAGCGAGAAAACGGCCUAUGGGUGGGAAAUCCUCGAGUUGCGUGACUACAAGCAAACCGUUGACGAUGGUCAUAACACCAUUUCGCUUGGAAUUUGCCCGGGCGAUGGAACAAUCCAUCUGGCAUUCGAUCACCACUGUGACAUUCUUCGAUACCGCUACUCAAAGCGGGACGUAGCCUCUCAGCCCCGUACCAUCAGUUGGCGUCCAGACAUCUUCUCGGCCACUCUUGACUGCCUCCCGGGAAUCCUAUCUACCCACAAGCCGCUCCGUGACGUGACAUACCCCCGGUUUGGCUUCCUCGGCGAGAACAUGUUCUUCUCCCACCGUGACGGGAAGGCGGGGCUCGGUAACGAUCAUCUCUACACCUACAACGGCAAAGACGGUCGCUAUGAAUACAUUGGCCCCUACCUGACAGGCGUCCAGAGCAGUCCGUACGUCAACGGGAUGACCUCCCGCCACGGGGUCCUCUACGUCACUUGGGUAUAUCGAGGCUUUGUAGAAUAUCCGGGUUGGGACGAUCCGCUCGAUACCAAACACAAGCAGCAGGCGGGACCUAACGGGGCUGAAAACAACCAUAACAUUUGUUAUGCCUAUAGCGAUGCCGACGGAUAUGUGUGGAAAAACGGUUGCGGCGAAGUGAUUGCCGACUUAAGGGAUCCCGCCAAGUUUCCAACCAGUGUACGGGGGAAAGAGCGCACCAUUAAAAAUGACUGCAGUGGUAUCGCUGCCUUUGACAUACCCAAGGGGAAGGGCCUGAUGAACCAAGAGGCACAAGCAGUUGACCAAGAAGGGGGUGUACAUGUAUUAAACAGAGAUAUGAUGAAUGAAGGGGGGACGUACCUAUGGAAACAUUAUUACCGGUCGCCAGAUGGGACGUGGACGCAGCGGGCACUGCAAGUCAUCACCGAAGGCAGCAAGCGUGGUCAACUAGCCGUCAGCAAAACAGGCGACUUGUACGCAAUCCUUCCAGACUCGACCACGAAGAGUAUGCGGAUUCUGAGGGCCACCAAAGCUAGUGAAUUUGCCGAUUACCGAGAAGUUUGGAAAGGAGAUGGCCUUGGCGGAGAGCCGUUGGUGGAUUCAGCCAGGCUGGAGUACGACAAUGUGCUGUCGGUCUUCGCUCGCAGCAAUCCAGUCAACUCGGCCAAGCAAGCUGCGGAGAGUCAAGCUAUCGCCAUCCUUGACUUUGAGCUGUUCGUGUAA